AUGGACUUCCGGAGGGCGAACUUCAACCUCCUUAGGACUGUGGUUGAGAGGGUGCCCUGGGGGUCUUGGCUGGCUGGGGAUGUCCCGGUGGAUUGGAGACUGGUGAAUGUGACGCCCAUCUUCAAAAAGGGCUGGAAAGAUGAUCCUGGCAGCUACAGGCCCAUCAGUCCUACCUUGGUGCCCGGGAAGGUUAUGGAAAGGAUAAUCUCAGGUAUCAUUAUGGAUGAACGAAAGGUCAGCCAAGGGAUCAGGCCUAGUCAGCAUGUGUUUAUGAACGGUAGAUCCUGCCUGACUAACCUGAUUUCAUUCUAUGACAAGGUGACCCGCUUGGUAGAUGAAGAGCAGCUGGCUGCCCGUGGUUUGGAUGGGCACACGCUCUGCUGGUUGAAGAAAUGGUUGGAUGGCCGGGCCCAGAGAGUUGUGGUCAAUGGAGUGGAAUCCAGUUGGCGGUCGGUCACAAGUGGUGUUCCCCAGGGCUCAGUGCUUGGGCCGUUUCUGUUUAACAUCUUCAUUGAUGAUCUGGAUGAGGGGAUUGACUGCACCCUCAUGCGCAUGAGGUAUGGUUCCUGGACCCUUGACUCUGUGAAAGCUGUGAGUUAUCACGUCCUGGCCGGCCGAACAAAACAGCUUCCCCAUGGCUGGGGGAACUGGACUCAGGUGACAGAGAUCCUGCUGCUGGGCUUUCCCCAAGGCCAGCCCUUCCUCUUCCUCCUUUUCCUGGCCGCAUACCUGGUCACGUUGCUGGGAACCUGUAAACUCUCCCUCGUACUCCUGGACUCCCAUCUCCGCAGUCCCAUGUAUUUCUUCCUCAGCCACCUCUCCUUCUUGGACAUCUGCUACUCAACGGUGACCAUGCCCAAGGUCCUGGACAGCCUCAGCCCACGGGCAGCCAUCUCCUACCGCGGCUGCCUGGCACAGACCUUCUUCCUGAUGAGCUGCGCGGGGUCUGAGUGCGCUCUGCUGGCCGUCAUGGCCUACGACCGCUACGUCGCCAUCGUGCACCCCCUGCACUAUGCACAAGCCAUGCGCCGGGCUGCACGUUGGGCCAUGGCUGUGGGCUGCUGGCUGUGGGGUGUGCUGAAUUCAGUGGUGCACACAGUGCUGGCUUCCCGGCUGUCCUUCUGCGGGGCCGUCCAUCUGCAGCACCUCUUCUGUGACAGCCCCCCACUGCUGAGGGCCGCCUGCGGCAACACGCGGCCCACUGAGGUGGCCCUGCACGCAGCCAGCGUCUUUAUGGGCUUCGGCCCCUUCCUGCUGGUGGUCGGCUCCUACCUACGCAUCCUGGCGGCUGUGCUGGCCAUGCCCGCGGCCGCCAGCCGACACAAGGCGUUCUCCACCUGCUCUGCCCACCUGCUGGUGGUCUCGCUCUUCUUUGUGACGGCCAACCUCAACUACAACCGGCUGGGUACCGACAGCUCGCUGCUGGCCGACUCGGUGGUGUCAGCGCUGUUCUGCAUCGUCACCCCCGUGCUGAACCCCCUCAUCUACAGCCUCCGCAACCAAGAGGUGCGGGUGGCCCUGCAGAGGGUCCUGGGUGGGCGGUGGGGCUCCUGGGGCUGUGGGGCUGAUGUGGGACCCCUCCAGUGA